AUGAGCACUCAAAUUUUAAGCUAUCCUACUGCUAUCAAUAACAAUAAUCAUGGUGAAAGGAUUAAAAGACUUAAAACAGAUCAUAUAAAUCAUCCAUGUUUGCAUAUCAAUCGCUUCAACAAUUGGUGUAUAUGGUGCGGUAAGACUUUAGAUGAGCCUAUGUAUCUGCCUCACAAUAAUGUUAAUUCUCAGUUACAUAAUCCGGAAGUUAAUUCUUUAUUAAACCAAAAGAAACUAUAUCUAGUUCUUGAUCUAGAUCAUACAUUGCUCAAUUCAAUUCGAUUAGCGAACUUAGGUAUGAAUGAGGAGUACUUGAAGGAUCAAACUAUAUCCUCUUUGUUUAGACUAAAUAAAAUAGGGAUCAUUACGAAAUUGAGACCGUUUGUGUAUAGGUUUUUACAAGAAGCAAAUAGAAUGUUCGAAUUGUGUAUUUACACGAUGGGGAACCGUACUUAUGCCUUAGAGAUGGCAAAACUUCUUGAUCCUGAAAACGAGUAUUUUAAGUCGAGAAUAAUUUCUAAAGAUGACUAUCCUGAAAGAAAUAAAAAAGGGCUAGAUGUUCUUAAGAUACCAGAGAGUUUAGCUGUGGUACUUGAUGAUACAGAAGCAGUUUGGCAAGAGCACAAAGAAAAUCUGAUUUUGAUGGAUAAAUAUUGCUACUUUUCUUCAAGUUGUCGUAGUUUUGGGUAUAAUAACUGCAAGUCUCUUUCUCAAUUGAAAGAAGAUGAGGAUGAAUGUGAUGGAGCACUUGCAAAUAUUCUCCGCGUUCUUACACGAAUACACCACGAAUUUUAUGAUAAUAAUUGUGCAAAUAUUGUUGUUAGAGAUGUGAGGCAAGUGCUAAAAACAACAAAACAGGAAGUUUUAAGAGGUUGUAAGAUAGUAUUUAGUAGAGUUUUCCCUAGAAACUAUGAUGCUGCUAAUCACUGUUUGUGGAAGAUGGCGGAAGAGAUGGGGGCUAUAUGUUCGAAUGAAAUCAACUCUUGUGUCACCCAUGUUGUUUCCGUUGAUGUUGGCACGGAGAAGUCUCGUUGGGCGAUUCGAGAGGGCAAGUUCCUGGUGCAUCCUAGGUGGAUCGUAGCUGCAUAUUAUCUAUGGCGAAGACAUUCUGAAGACAAGUUUCCGGUGAAGGUAGCUUAGUGUUCGUCGAACUAAGCCUGAUUAGAUGGUCUAAAUUGAUACCAGAAUCUUGAAGUUCACAAUCACUAAGUCAAACAAUAGAACAAUUAAUCUUACAAACUCAAAUACAGUUAAGGAGAUGAAGGAUUAAGAUAAUCACAAGUUGGGAUGAUUCGCCAAAUUAAAAUAAAUUUGGCUAACAAUAUAAGCUUUCACUCUAUGCCCAGAUCAUCUUAUUUCAACAAAAUAUUGUAAAAGACAUUGUAUUAGUAUUAUGUAAUUCCAUUUCCCUGUUCACCUUAUAAAAACAUGGGUAUGACCAAAUUUCAAUUGUAAGAACUAGCAUUCUUCAGCACAAUUAUGGAAUGAAAAUUUAUCUUUUACACAUUUGUGUUCAUUUUGCUCAAACACUUACAGAUGUUAUUUAAU